UUGACCUGAGACAAUGAGACGGAUCUAUUAUUCACUUCAAACAGGGAAAUGAACAGGUAUAAGAUAUGCAGUAUUGUGGUGUGUUGACUCUUGUGUCUGUGGGGAUACUACAGUGUAGUAUCUGAUCUACUAAUGAUGAAGGAACAAUAUGCAAUUACACAAAUUGCCGUUUAUUUAAUUAAUAUUUCCGCGUGCAGUUAAUAAGUCAACAACUGACCCAAUUUCUUUAAAAACUUUGAACGGAUUACAGAUACUUGUUCGAGUCUACAGUCUUGUUUACACAGAAGUCAAGUUGUCAAGAGUUUAAUUUUUAGUGCAUAACUACGAUGGAAUACAGCACAUGCAUGCACAUCGCCAUGUCCACUUCAUUGUCAACAUGACUAAAAGAAGUUACGCUGAUCACGGAUACGCCUGGGUUAUACUAGGAGCUUGCUUCUUUAUGUACAUGCUCUUGCUGGGUUCCAUCAAGUCUUUUGGAAUCUUGUACUCGGAGAUUUUGCUGACGACUGACAAUGGAGCGGGAAGCACCGCACUGAUCGGGAGUUCCGCCGGCUUCAUCCAGUCACUGACAGGUCCGUUUUCUAUAUUUCUGGCCGUUCGGUUCUCUUUCCGUUCGGUAUGUCUCCUGGGCGGCGUGUUUCUGUGCCUGGGAUACGUGACCAGUGCCCUCAUCCACAAUGUCUUGUACUGGUACCUGACGUACAGCGUCAUCGCAGGAUUCGGUUAUGGCUUGGCAUACGUCCCUUGCACUACACUGAUUAACUACUACUUUGAGCGGAAUCGAGCACUGGCCAAUGGCAUCGUCCUCUCAGCAAGCGGCGUAGGCGGCUUCCUGUUCCCACAUAUCUAUCGGUUCCUUCUAGACCGCUACGCACUUAGUGGUGCUAUGAUAAUUCUUGGUGGUAUUAUGUUGAAUAUCUGUGUGGCAGCUUCGUUUUUAAGACAACCACUUGAGUUCACUGAGUCUCAAAGUUCAACAACCAAGACAGGAAAAUCACAAGAAGUUCCCAAGACUUGCAGAGAGCUUGUCUUUCGGAAGUUUUGUGUAUGUGGUAGCGAUGUCUUAAGAGACCUGCGUUUCCUCUUCAUUUCGAUGGCCUUUUGCUUGACCGCUCUGAGCUAUUCGGCCUACUUCUACACUUUCCCGUCGUUUCUGGAAUCGGAAAAUGUCGGAAAAUCCACCACUGUCUUCAUCUUUUCGUUGACGGGUGUUUGCGAGAUUUUCGCCAGGGUAGCCAUGGGAUGGUUCACAGAUCUGAGGAUUCUUUCGCCCACGUGUAUUUACGGAAUCUGCAUGGUCGUCAGUGGUGUUGCUACGCUAGUUGUACCGCUGCUCCAUCAAACAACCAUAUACUAUAUCUACGCAGUAAUAGUAGGAAUAUUCCCAGGGUCAUUUUAUGCGUUGAUGUCUGUGAUAAUACUGGAGACCAUUGCUCUCAAGAAUCUGCCGUCAGCAUUUGCUAUCAUCACAAUAUUCAUUGCUGUCUUUUCCUUACUUGGAAUACCUUGUCUAGGUUGGAUUGAGGAUUUGACGAAGAGCUGGGACAACGUGUUUUUCAUCACAGGAGUUUUGCAAUUAUUGGCUGCCAUGGUAGCAUUCUCUGUUUCCAGGUGUUUUGACACGAAUACCAGUGACAAUGACAUAGUGAUAGAACAGGGCAAGGCUGAGGCAGCAGAAGAUAAACUCUUGGGUGGAGAAAAAGAGGCAGGAAUCGAAUGAAAAGAGCUUGAAGUUUAGGAUUACUUGUACUAUGUAUCAUAGUACUUCUAUUAUGAGACUUUAAUAGGUGAUGCGAAGUAGGCGAUAUCAGCAAUGAAUUCGUGUGUAAAACACAACUGUUAUUCAAUAGCAUGUUGUUUAAGACACAACAACGAAAUAUUCAUGAAAUAAAAUUCCAUUUAUACCAUU